GGUACCAUCUGAUAAUAGCCCCACUAUUACUAGGGGAAGAUGGCACAGACACUUAAGCUGGCAAACAGGUCCUCUAUGGUCUUCAGAAGCCUCACUGAGCUAUGGGCAGAGUCUCUCUUUAGAAAGCCAGAGAAAGUUAUUAAAAGACACAAAUCAUUGGCAGAUGUACCAGGACCCUCAUCUCUCAGCUUCUUGACAGAUCUGUUCUGCAGGCGAGGGUUAUCCAGGCUGCAUGAGCUGCAGCUGGAAGGCAAAGCCAAAUUUGGGCCAGUAUGGAAGGCAAGUUUUGGUCCUAUCCUGACAGUUCAUGUGGCAGAUCCUGCAUUAAUUGAACAAGUCUUACGGCAAGAAGGCAAACACCCAAUCCGAUCAGACUUGUCUUCAUGGAAAGACUACAGACUGUGCAGAGGACAUUCCUUUGGAUUACUCACAGCAGAAGGGGAGGAAUGGCAGCAGAUUCGGAGCAUGCUGGGAAAACACAUGCUGAAACCCAAGGAAGUGGAAUCUUACAGUGGUGUACUGAAUGAUGUGGUUGGUGAUCUCAUAAAGAAAUUAAACUAUCAACGGAACCAGAAUCCAAACCACAUUGUUAAAGACAUCUCCAGUGAGUUCUACAAGUUUGGAUUAGAAGGCAUAUCCUCGGUUUUGUUUGAGUCAAGGAUUGGAUGCUUGGAGACUGUUGUGCCCAAGGAAACAGAACAUUUUAUUCAGUCCAUCAACACCAUGUUUGUAAUGACUCUGCUCACCAUGGCGAUGCCCAAGUUUUUGCACAAAAUAUUUAAAAAGCCUUGGCAGAAAUUCUGUGAAUCCUGGGACUUCAUGUUUGCCUUUGCUAAGGGGCACAUUGACAAAAGAAUGGCUGAUGUAGCAGAGAAAGUGGCCCGAGGUGAGAAAGUGGAAGGAAAAUAUCUGACCUAUUAUCUGGCUCAGGAGAAAAUUUCUAUGAAAUCCAUUUACGGCAACGUUACAGAGCUCUUGUUGGCAGGAGUAGAUACGAUUUCAAGCACUCUCUCCUGGAGUCUCUAUGAACUUGCGCGACACCCAGAAGUACAGUCUGCGUUACAUGCUGAGAUACAGGGUGUGCUAGAAGGCCGUCUCAUCCCAACAGCAUCUGAAGUAGCCCAGAUGCCUUUAAUGAAAGCAGUUGUGAAAGAAGUCUUAAGACUGUAUCCUGUUAUCCCUGGUAAUGCACGUGUAAUAUCCGAUCGAGAUAUAGAAGUGGGGGAAUAUACUAUUCCAAAGAAGACUCUUAUUACACUCUGUCACUAUGCCACAUCAAGAGAUGAGAACAUCUUUUCAAAUGCCAAUGAAUUUCAACCAGAGCGCUGGUUAAAGAAGGAAGAGUCCCAUCACCCAUAUGCCUCUAUUCCGUUUGGGUUUGGCAAAAGGAGCUGUAUUGGAAGACGUAUAGCUGAACUGGAAGUUUACUUGGCCUUGGCAAGGAUCCUUUCUCAUUUUGAGUUGAGGUUGGAACAUCCAGGCAGCUGUGUGAAACCAAUGACCAGGACUCUGCUAGUACCAGAAAAGGAGAUCAACCUACAGUUUCUAGAACGAUAACGUGUAAAUAAUAAUUUGACAAAAUGUGAAACAUCAGCUAUCCUCAUGUGCCAUGCAGAUGAGAAUAACAAUUUGGGACUGUAUUCUACAUGUUAUGCAACUGGGAAGAAAUCUUGAUCACACAGAAACUAAGCUGAUAGUCUUCUAUCUCUAAAAACUUUCCCAGUCUGUGAAUAUUCCAUUUUUAUCUGGGAAAAAUGAUCAAAAUUAGAUCGUAACUGGCAAUUAAUCGCAACACUAGUACAAGGUUUAUGAAGAAAAAUCACAAUGCCACAAAUAUCAGAAGGAAUAGAUUGGCAAAAUAUAAACAAUACCGAUAAAGUGUCAUGUUGCCGGAAGUGGAAGGAUAAAUGGAUAUAUUAAAUUAUAUCAACAAAACAAUGAAACUGGAUAUUAUAUAUGCUAGUGGUGAUGCCACAUCAUAUUGUGAUUUUUAUUUAACUUAUAAAAAAAAAAAGACCUGGAAUUUUGAAACAUUUUUUUACCGUUCGAUUUUAAGAGAGAGGGUUUUUUUCUUCAUAUUUUCCAAAUCUGAAGAAUUCAGCUCUUAUUUUCAAAUGAACACAAAAAAAUGCGAUAAACAAAUUAACCUUGAAAUUAGAUUAAUUGUUUGCCUCUAUGCAUAUUUAAAAAUACCAGCAAAAAAUGUAAUUGGGACUGUAGAUGUUCUUAAACUGUUUUUUUAAUUGAUGAUUUUUUUACAUAUUUAUGUCAUAUUUAUUUGAAUGUACAGAAUUGUUCAGUUGUAAAAAUCCUUUAUUUAGAUGGCAGUAUAUUACAUGUGUUUUAUAUAAUUUUUAUAUUCCACCAUUUUGUAAAAUAGAUGUUUAUAUAUAUUGUAAAAUAUUUUAUUAUAUUUAAAUAUAUUUAUUAUAUAUUAUUUCAAUAAAUAUAUUAUUUUAUAAA